GGGCGGCGGAGCCGGGGGCGGUCCACCGCACGCCGGAGGACGUCUUCCAUGACUUCCGCGCGCGCCAGAAAGGCCUCCUCAAGGCCUUCACCACAGAUGUGGACAAGUUCUACCUGAUGUGCGACCCAGAGAAGGAGAACCUGUGUCUAUAUGGGCUUCCCAAUGGAUCUUGGGAAGUGAAUUUGCCUGCUGAGGAGGUCCCUCCAGAACUCCCGGAGCCUGCAUUAGGAAUAAACUUUGCUCGGGACGGGAUGGAUGAUAAAGAUUGGCUAUCACUUGUUGCAGCGCAUACUGAUUCUUGGCUACUGUCGGUGGCCUUUUAUUUUGGAGCAAGAUUUGGGUUCGACCAGGAUUCAAGGAAACAGCUCUUCACCAUGAUAAAUAGCGUUCCCACCAUAUUUGAGGUUGUCACAGGAACUGACAAAAGGCAGCCCAAAGAAAAAACUCCUAAAACAGGUAGCAAGAAUAACAAAUCUGCUUCAAAGCCUGCACGACAAUUAGAAUCCAACCCAAGGAGCUCCAAGGUACCCUUUCCAGGGGACACCGAAGAGAGCGACUGGGAUGGAGAGAGAGAACAGGAAGCUCAGUGUGGCGCAUGCGGUGAAAACUAUGGACAAGAUGAUUUCUGGAUCUGCUGCGACUUGUGUGAGAAAUGGUUCCAUGGCAAGUGUGUCAAGGUCACUCCAGCCAAGGCGGAGCACAUAAAACAAUACAAGUGCCCUAAUUGCAGCAGUAGCAGCAAGAGAGGCAGGGCUUGAGUCUUUGGAGAUCUCAGGUGGAUUCGCUCCAAGAACUAAGGGCUGUUGACAGCCAUGCAUUCGGGCCGCAUUGUUCGGUAGAUUUUUUAUGCACUGUCUGAUGUCUCUAGUAAUGUGUCACUACUUGAACUACUAACUGUUCAUGUAAUUGACGUGCAUUUCAAGCCCCUGUGGUCUGUACUGCACCGUGUGAAUUUUAAUCCAGUGUCUUCAAUGUGUGUCA